AAUUCAACCUAUUGCGCUUCCCGCCAUUUCAAUCAUCAACUUCUAACUGUUCAUUUCAUUUAGCCAAAAGAAAGAAUACCAACAUAGCAAGAGAACAAAGAGAAGAAGCAAAGAGACCUUCUACGAUCAUCAAUGCCUGCCAAAGUUUAUAUUGUGUAUUACUCAAUGUAUGGUCAUGUGGAAGCACUAGCUAGGGAAAUAUUGCGCGGGGCUAAUUCUGUAGAGGGUGUUGAGGCCAAACUGUGGCAGAUACCUGAGACACUGCCACCUGAGGAGCUUGUUAGGCUGAGAGCACCACCAAAGAGUGAUGUACCAAUCAUUAACCCUUUUAAACUGCCCGUGGCUGAUGGUUUUGUCUUUGGUUUUCCAACAAGAUUGGGAAUGAUGGCUGCUCAGUUCAAGGCUUUCCUGGAUUCAACUCAAUAUCUAUGGAAAGCGCAAAUGCUUGCGUGCAAGCCUGCUGGAAUCUUCUAUAGCACCAGUUGCCAAGGUGUUGGACAAGAGACUGCGCCGUUUACUGCUAUCACUCAACUGGUUCAUCAUGGAAUGAUAUUUGUUCCAAUAGGAUACACAUUCGGUCCUGGCAUGUUCGAGAUGAAGGAGCCGAAAGGUGGAAGUCCUUAUGGUGCAGGAACUUACACUGGUGAUGGCUCUAGGCAGCCAACUGAGCUUGAGUUGCAGCAAGCAUUCCACCAAGGGAAUCAUAUCGCCACCAUCAUAAAGAAGUUCAAGGAAGAUGCUCACCCAAUUUUUACUCUACACAAUAGAGGAUAUUGAUUUGUGUUCUCUGUGCCUGAAAUUUUCUAUUUUCAGAAGAAAAUUCUAUGUGCUGAGUUCUAUUUUUGUGUUAUAGAUACACUGUUUAGCGAUACUUGCUAAUGAGAAGUUUGUUUGUCUUUUCCUUUUGGUUUUAGGCUUAGAAGACACUUGUUCCCUUUUUAUGUAAUCCCCUCAUGAAUGUUAGUGCCAACAAACUAGCACAUAUACAUUGAGACAUAACAAAAAUUGCAUAGUUUGAGGAAAUUAAACUAGACUACAAUAUGCUCUGUGUAUGCAGGAAGCCACUUCAUUUGUCCUAGCAA